AUGAUCAUAUAUACGUAUCGCAAAAUCAGAGCGUACCGCGCUCGGAAAGCUGCUGAAGCGGCAGCAGCAAGCACAACUUCCCCAACGUCUGAUCCGACCUCUACUCCUGCACCUCCUUCUGGUCCAGCUUCGAAAAAAGCAUGUCCACAAUGCUCACAAGAAAAAAGCACGGCUCGAACAUACAGGUGGAAGCUGUUACUCUGCCUCCAACCAGCCUUUUUGGUGGCUAGUCUUGACUUGACCAUCGUCGCGACGGCACUUCCCGAAAUAUCUUCGCAUUUUAACAAAUUCAACCAGCUCAACUGGAUCGUCACAGCAUUUACACUGACUUCGACCGCCUUCAUUCCCUUUUUUGGUCAACUCUCCGAUAUCUUUGGCCGACAUGCAAGCCUCCAAUGUGCAGUGGUCCUCCUGACCAUCGGAAGCGUUCUGUGCGCAGCGGCACCAGAUUGGGCCGUGCUCUUGCUGGGCCGAGCGCUACAGGGCGUUGGAACAGCGGGGAUUUCCAACGUCUCUCUGAUCGUCCUGGCAGAUUCGGUCCCCCUGAAAGAACAGGCCAUCAACACAAGCAUUUUUCAGUUGUUGAACGGCAUUGGAUACGCCGUCGGCCCUGUUAUAGGCGGCUACCUGACCGACACCAGCUGGCGAUAUUGCUUCGUUCUGGGAGCCGGCAUGUCGGUGAUCAGCAUCUUCACGAUCUUCCUCCUGCGCAAAGACCUCAAACCUGGCAACGUCUCGCUGUCUCGUCCUUCUGGAAACCAAACGCGCCUCCGGGCCUUCACCGCCGGUAUCGCAACUGUCGACAUCGGAGGCACCACACUCUUCGUCCUCGGCGUCGGUCUCGUCAUUCUGGGUACCGCCUGGGGUGGUUCGACAUACCCCUGGAGCUCGGGUGCCGUGAUCUCAACCCUCGUUCUUGGAGCAGUCCUGAUCCUCGCCUUCCUCGCGUACGAAACCCUUCUCGCACCCUCGCGACUGCUAAAUCGCAUCUUCCCCAGAACAGUGCCAAUGAUCCCUUCCUCUGUCCUGGCCGCUAAAGACGUCAGUCUCGUCUGCUUUAUUGGCGCCGCCACUGGUUCCGCCUUAUACUCCGUCUUCUACUUCAUCGGCAUCUACUUCACACUGGUUGAAGCCUACGAAGCAAGCGACGCCGGCACACAGCUCCUGUAUUACGUCCCCGGCAUUGGCGUCGGCGUGCUCGCCGCCAUCUUCGUGUGCAACGUUUGGCCGCGCCAGACGUUCUGGCCGCUGUUCGUGGGCGCGGUUGUGGAAACCGCGGGGAUCGCGACGCUCGCGUACGCAGUGAAAGUGCGCGACGAAACGCUCGUCAACGUGAUGAUGGCCAUUGCCGGCGCAGGCACCGGCAUACGCUUUAUGCCCUCGAGCUUACACCUGGCCGGCAUGUUCCGCGACUGCCUGGCGCCCGUGUUCAGUCUGCUGCGCUUCGCGAUGCCAUUUGGUGGCACCCUGGCCCUCACCGUCAUGGGUUCCGUCUUCCAAAACCAGAUGAGCCAGUACUUUGGGUCAAGCAGCGUCGAUAGGAGCAGCAACAACGGCACAUCAAGGCUCGACCUGCACAACCAAGCUUCGCUCGACGCUAUCAGUCAGCUACCGGCCGCAGAGCAAAAGGCAAUCCGCUUACAAGGCGCGACAGCGACAAUGUGGGCAUUCAUUUCCAUUAUACCGAUCCUCGGCCUCAGUGUGCUAGCAAGUCUUGCGCUAGGAAACGUGUGGAUCUCCAAGAAGAAGAGCUCGAGCUCCCCGGAGGAGAAAGGGGAGAAAUCCGGAGUCCGCGAAGACGGGCUCUGUCGACGCCAUGCAAGCAGCGACGUUGCAGCCGAAGAGGCCAACGAGGUCGAGUUUGUCGACUCGAGCUUCCUAAUCGCGUUGUUCACGGGCAACGUGCGGCAGUUGAAACAGUCUGGGGUCUCGGACAGGCCGGCUUCAGGAAAGGGUGCGCAUCUGCAGACGAAACUACAGGAGGCUAGCUUGUCCAGAGACACUGAUCGUCCAGUGGACACCACGGAAUGA